CCCCAGCCGUCGCCACCUUCCUCGUCAAGAACCUCGCGAUGGCCGGCCAGACCUUCUUCAGGAGCAUGGCGGUGGUGGUGGCACCCGUCGCCAACCCCGACGGCUACGAGUACUCCCUCGCCAGGAACGUGCUGUGGCGUAAGAACCGGCGGCAGACCUUGAACCCGGCGUGCUCUGGCGUCGACCUCAACCGCAACUGGAGCGAGGGCUGGGGCGACCCCUCUGGGUCCAGCGGCGACCCCUGCGCCAACACCUACCGCGGCAACGCAAGCUUUUCCGAGCCCGAGACGCAGGCACUCCGCGACCUGGCCCUCGCCUGGUUCGACAAGCUCACCCUCCACAUCAGUAUUCAUAGCUACGGCGGCUAUUUACUCUAUCCUUGGUUCUACACGACAGCGGACAUUUCGACGAAACCACAGCUGCGCAAAAUCGCCAAGAGAAUGAAGAAAUACAUGAGAGAUAACGGUCACCAGAUUCAGAUUGGCCAAGGUUCCAAGGUCCUCUACAAAGCAUCCGGAGUUGCCAGUGACUACCUCCACGCCGCUGGCCUACAGUACACCUACGUCCUCGAGCUUCCUGGGUUUUCCUUCGUGCCGAACCCCCAGAGAAUCCUCCCCGUGGGUCGGUCGGUCUGGGACACGCUGGUCUGCGCGGUCGGCGACGUCGUGGGGACCAAAGACAGCCGGUGCUUCUGCGGCAAACGUAUCGUUAGGGUCACUCUUAGCGAUGAGAGGGAGAUGUCCGUGUGGAUCAGCAAGGACGUGCCUGGGAAGGAAGCGAAGCAGAUGAUUCUCGAUGCCUUCUCUGGCCAUGACCGUGACCUGAAUCAAGCACCUCUGGCCAUGACUGCGAAAAUUGCUCUGGUCUUCGAGUAA